GCGCCCUCUGUGAGGCGGCGGCGGACGCGCGGCGGCGGCGGGCAUCCAUGUCGGCGGGCAGGGAUUAGCGCGGCGGACACCGAGCCGAGCGGAGGGGGCGGCCGGCCCGUCGCCCCCUUCCCGCGGGGUCUCCGGCUGGGGAGAGCCGUACCCGGCCGGCGGGGGCGGGUGGACAUGGCUGACCGGAGCGCGCCGAGCUGCCACCUGCGGCUGGAGUGGGUCUACGGCUACCGGGGUCACCAGUGCCGCAACAACCUCUAUUACACGGCGGCCAAGGAGAUCGUCUACUUCGUGGCGGGGGUCGGCGUGGUCUACAGCCCCCGGGAGCACCGGCAGAAAUUCUACCUGGGGCACCAGGACGACAUCAUCAGCCUUGCUUUGCACCCUGAACGUGUGUUGGUGGCAACAGGUCAAGUUGGAAAAGAACCGUACAUCUGCGUGUGGGAUUCAUACACUGUGCAAACUGUGUCUGUUCUGAAAGACGUUCACACACAUGGUAUAGCUUGCUUGGCUUUUGAUUUAGAUGGUCAGCGUUUGGUAUCAGUUGGUUUGGAUUCAAAAAACACAGUUUGUGUAUGGGACUGGAGAAAAGGAAAAUUGUUGUCAAUGGCUCCUGGUCAUACAGACAGAAUAUUUGAUAUUUCUUGGGAUUUAUACCAGCCAAACAAGCUCGUCAGCUGUGGUGUAAAACACAUCAAGUUCUGGAGUUUGUGUGGCAAUUCAUUGACACCAAAACGUGGUGUUUUUGGCAAAACCGGUGAUCUCCAGACUAUAUUGUGCCUUGCCUGUGCAAGGGAUGAAGUGACAUAUUCUGGUGCAUUGAAUGGAGAUAUCUAUGUAUGGAAAGGAAUCAACCUUGUACGGACAAUACAGGGAGCACAUGCUGCAGGAAUUUUCAGCAUGAAUGCAUGUGAAGAGGGUUUUGCCACUGGUGGCAGGGAUGGCUGUGUUCGCUUGUGGGACUUAAAUUUUAAACCAAUUACUGUGAUUGAUCUCAGGGAAACAGACCAGGGAUAUAAAGGUCUGUCUGUAAGAAGUGUUUGCUGGAGAGGAGACCAUAUACUCGUCGGGACACAAGAUAGUGAAAUUUUUGAAAUUGUGGUGCAUGAGCGUAAUAAGCCUUUCCUGAUAAUGCAGGGACACUGUGAAGGAGAGCUGUGGGCUUUGGCUGUCCAUCCUACAAAACCCCUGGCAAUGACUGGAAGUGAUGAUCGAUCAGUCAGAAUUUGGAGUUUAAUAGACCAUGCUCUGAUUGCCCGGUGCAACAUGGAGGAACCCAUUCGCUGUGCCGCAGUCAGUACUGAUGGAAUCCAUCUCGCUCUUGGUAUGAAGGAUGGCUCUUUCACUGUGCUGCGAGUCAGAGAUAUGACUGAGGUUGUUCAUAUCAAAGACAGGAAAGAAGCUAUUCAUGAACUCAAAUAUUCUCCAGAUGGGAAUUUCCUAGCUGUUGGUUCCAAUGACAGCUCUGUGGAUAUAUAUGGUGUUGUUCAACGAUACAAGAAAGUUGGGGAAUGUAUUGGAUCUUUAAGUUUCAUUACGCAUAUGGAUUGGUCUUCAGACAGUAAAUACUUACAGACCAAUGAUGGCAAUGGAAAGAGACUUUUUUACAGAAUGCCAAGUGGAAAAGAAGUAACAAACAAGGAGGAAUUAAAAGGCAUUCAGUGGGCAUCAUGGACCUGUGUUUCUGGCCUAGAAGUUAAUGGAAUCUGGCCCAAAUAUUCAGAUAUAAAUGAUAUAAAUUCCGUGGAUGCAAACUUUAUUGGGCAAGUUAUGGUUACAGCUGAUGAUUAUGGAAUAGUAAAGCUCUUUCGAUACCCAUGUCUAAGAAAAGGAGCAAAGUUUAAAAAAUAUCUCGGUCAUUCUGCUCACGUGACAAAUGUCAGAUGGUCCCAUGAUCACCAGUGGGUUGUUUCCAUUGGGGGAGCUGAUCACUCUGUCUUUCAGUGGAAGUUUGUACCUGACCGGAAGCUGAAGGAUUCUCUUCAUAUAGCACCCCAAGAGAGUCUGGUUGACUCCAAUAGUGAUGAAUCAGAUUCAGAUCAGUCUGAUGUUCCAGAGCUGGACUCUGAAAUUGAACAAGAGACCCAGAUCACCUAUCGUCGCCAGGUUUACAAAGAAGAUCUACCUCAACUUAAAGAGCAAUGCAAAGAAAAAAGAAAAAGUGCAGCUUCUAAGAGACGUGAGCGAGCUCCAGGGAACAGUAUAAGACUCCAUUUUGUUCAUGGUUACAGAGGUUACGACUGCCGAAGCAAUUUAUUUUACACUCAGACGGGUGAAAUCGUAUACCAUGUGGCAGCAGUGGGAGUGGUGUACAACCGACAGCAGAACACACAGCGCUUUUAUCUGGGUCACGACGAUGACAUUCUUUGCCUUGCUAUUCAUCCCUUAAAGGACUAUGUGGCAACGGGCCAGGUUGGUCGAGAUUCCUCAAUACACAUUUGGGAUACAGAAACAAUAAAACCACUCUCAGUAUUAAAGGGCUAUCACCAGUACGGUGUUUGUGCUGUUGAUUUUUCAGCGGAUGGGAAACGAUUGGCUUCUGUUGGAAUAGAUGACAAUCACACUAUUGUACUCUGGGACUGGAAGAAAGGAGAAAAGCUUUCUGCAGUAAGGGGAAGCAAAGAUAAGAUUUUUGUUGUUAAGAUUAAUCCUUACAUGUCUGAUAAAUUGAUUACAGUCGGAAUUAAACACAUGAAAUUCUGGCGUAGAGCAGGUGGAGGACUAAUUGGGAGAAAGGGCUGCAUAGGUGCAUUGGGAAGAACUGAUACAAUGAUGUGUGCAGUAUAUGGCUGGACUGAAGAGAUGGCGUUCUCUGGAACUUCCACGGGGGAUGUGUGUAUUUGGAGAGAUGUGUUUCUCAUAAAAACUGUCAAAGCACAUGAUGGUCCUGUGUUCAGCAUGCACGCAUUGGAAAAAGGAUUUGUCACUGGAGGAAAGGAUGGGGUAGUAGCUCUCUGGGAUGAUACUUUUGAACGUUGUCUCAAAACCUAUGCCAUCAAAAGGGCUGCUUUGGCCCCUGGGUCUAAAGGUCUCCUCUUAGAAGAUAAUCCUUCUAUACGUGCCAUAUCAUUAGGACAUGGUCAUAUUUUAGUGGGCACAAAGAAUGGUGAAAUAUUGGAGGUGGAUAAAAGUGGACCAAUAACUCUGCUGGUUCAGGGUCACAUGGAGGGGGAAGUUUGGGGUCUAGCUACUCAUCCUCAUUUACCUAUUUGUGCCACUGUAAGUGAUGACAAAACCUUAAGAAUAUGGGAUUUAUCUCCUAGCCAUUGUAUGUUAGCUGUUCGCAAAUUGAAAAAGGGAGGCAGAUGUUGCUGCUUUUCUCCUGAUGGAAAAGCAUUAGCCGUUGGUCUCAAUGAUGGAAGUUUUUUGAUAGUUAAUGCAGAUACCCUGGAGGAUCUAGUCUCUUUCCAGCACAGAAAAGAUGUUAUUUCAGAGAUCCGAUUUUCUCCUGGGGCUGGAAAGUACUUGGCUGUGGCAUCCUGUGACAACUUUGUAGAUAUUUACAAUGUAAUGAGUAGUAAACGAGUAGGAAUCUGCAAGGGAGCAUCCAGCUAUAUCACGCACAUGGACUGGGAUAUAAGAGGGAAACUCUUGCAGGUCAACACUGGUGCUAAAGAGCAGUUGUUUUUUGAAGCCCCUCGUGGGAAAAAACAGACAAUUCCUACUUUGGAGGUAGAAAAGAUUGGCUGGGCAUCAUGGACAAGCGUUUUGGGCUCUUGCUGUGAAGGAAUUUGGCCAAUAAUUGGUGAAGUCACAGAUGUAACUGCUUCAUGCCUCACUAGUGAUAGUAAAGUAUUAGCCACAGGAGAUGAUUUUGGGUUUGUGAAACUGUUCCGAUACCCUGCUAAAGGAAAGUUUGGAAAAUUUAAGAGGUAUGUUGCUCACAGUACCCAUGUAACAAAUGUCCGUUGGACCUACGACGACAGUUUGUUGGUCACUGUUGGAGGAGCAGACACCUCUUUAAUGCUGUGGACUUAUGAGAUGGAAGGACAUCGGGAUAGCAGACAGUGUGACAGUGAAGAGUCUGAUCUAGAUUCUGAAGAAGAUGGAGGUUAUGACAGUGAUGUAACAAGGGAAAAUGAAAUUAAUUACACCAUCAAAGCCUUAUCAACAAACAUUAGACCAAUGUUUGGAAUUAAGCCUCAUCUGCAACAAAAGGAGCCAACCUUAGAUGAAAGGCAGGGGGUAGUAAGAGGUUCCAGACCACCAGUUAGUAGGGCAUUGCCACAGCCAGAGAAGCUUCAGACAAAUAACGUGGGGAAAAAAAAGAGACCUAUAGAGGACCUAAUUUUGGAGCUGGUGUUUGGGUAUCGAGGCAAGGACUGCAGAAACAAUGUGCACUAUUUGAAUGAUGGUGCUGAUGUAAUAUAUCAUACCGCGUCUGUUGGCAUCUUGUACAAUGUGGCAACAGGCUCUCAGUCUUUUUACCAGGAACACAAUGAUGAUAUUUUGUGCCUCACUGUUAAUCAGCACCCCAAGUUUACCAACAUAGUGGCAACUGGCCAAGUAGGAGACUCAGCAGAUAUGUCAGCUACAGCUCCUUCUAUCCAUGUGUGGGAUGCAAUGAACAAGCAGACACUGUCAGUGCUGCGGUGCUACCAUUCAAAGGGCGUUUGCUCCGUCAGUUUCAGUGCCACUGGCAAACUGCUACUGUCCGUAGGGCUGGAUCCUGAGCAUACCAUUACCAUUUGGAAGUGGCAGGAAGGUGCCAAAAUUGCCAGCCGAGCUGGACAUAACCAGCGUAUAUUUGUAGCAGAAUUCAGACCAGAUUCAGAUACCCAGUUUGUUUCUGUGGGAGUAAAACAUGUGAGGUUCUGGACACUGGCUGGAAGAGCUCUUCUCAGUAAAAAAGGGCUGCUGAGCUCCAUAGAAGAUGCCCGCAUGCAGACGAUGCUAUCUGUAGCUUUUGGAGCGAAUAACUUGACAUUUACAGGUACUAUCAGUGGAGAUGUUUGUGUUUGGAAAGAUCAUGUGUUGGUACGAAUUGUGGCCAAAGCUCACAAUGGACCUGUUUUCACAAUGUACACCACAUUAAGAGAUGGUUUGAUUGUUACAGGAGGCAAAGAAAGGCCCUCAAAGGAAGGUGGAGCAGUUAAGCUAUGGGAUCAAGAGCUAAAAAGAUGUCGUGCCUUCAGACUAGAGACAGGACAAAUGACAGACUGUGUUCGCUCUGUUUGUAGAGGCAAGGGGAAAAUUCUCGUUGGGACAAGAAAUGCUGAAAUAAUUGAAGUUGGAGAGAAAAAUGCUGCAUGUAACAUUCUAAUUAAUGGUCAUAUGGAUGGACCAAUCUGGGGCCUAGCCACGCAUCCAUCCAGAGAUUUUUUCCUUUCUGCUGCAGAAGAUGGCACAGUAAGACUCUGGGAUAUUGUUGAAAAGAAGAUGCUAAACAAAGUCAGCUUAGGACAUGCAGCUCGUACUGUUUGUUACAGCCCAGAAGGUGAUAUGGUAGCUAUUGGCAUGAAAAAUGGAGAAUUUAUUAUCUUACUUGUGACCUCUCUAAAAAUUUGGGGGAAAAAAAGAGACAGAAGAUCAGCGAUUCAAGAUAUCAGGUUUAGCCCAGAUUCUCGAUACUUAGCAGUCGGUUCCAGUGAGAAUGCAGUGGAUUUUUAUGAUCUGACUUUGGGUCCCACACUAAAUCGAAUCAGCUAUUGCAAAGAUAUCCCAAGUUUUGUGAUCCAGAUGGACUUCUCUGCCGAUAGCUCUUAUCUCCAGGUCUCUACGGGGUCUUACAAAAGGCAAGUGUAUGAAGUGCCUUCAGGAAAACAGCUUGUGGACCAAGCUGUGAUUGACAGAAUAACAUGGGCUACUUGGACAAGUGUUCUAGGGGAUGAAGUAAUUGGAAUCUGGUCCAGGCAUGCUGAAAAAGCUGAUGUAAACUGUGCUUGUGUCUCUCACUCGGGAAUCAAUCUUGUAACAGGCGAUGAUUUUGGCAUGGUCAAACUGUUUGACUUUCCAUGUCCUGAAAAAUUUGCAAAACACAAACGAUUUUUAGGUCACUCUGCCCACUUAACUAAUAUUCGAUUUACAAGUGGAGAUAGAUACGUGGUCAGUGCCGGAGGGGACGACUGCAGCUUAUUUGUUUGGAAAUGUGUGCAUAUGCCUCAUUGAGAGAGACAUGGAGACCUGCAAGAGGACACUGCAUGAAGUACCAGGCAUGAAAUACCCAGGAUUGCAAUGUGACGUUCUACUGUGCCCUGCAUGUGUAAGAAAUGGUGCUGCCCCAAGACACAGAGCACUCUGUCUCUGAAAGACAGGUACCUAGAGUCUGCCAGAAGGAUGGACUGUCACAGAUAUGCUGAGGCUGCUAGAUUUGCUUCAGUAUCAGAUAAUCUGGGUUUGUAUUCCACUCACUGCCAGAUGUUGAAAAUGGAAUAUGUGGAUAAAAGGAAAAAGUGAAUUGUUAAUCAAUGUACAGUAUCACAGCAAGUUCCUGGGGUUUUAAUUAAGUGAUGCUAUUUCUGACCUAGUGCUGUACAUUGAUCUAUUUUCAGCAUGAAUGUUUUUCCUUUAAGUUUUAAGGUCCAAAUAGCAUAGAUAAAAAGAGUAUUCCAUAUUUUAUUACUGAAAGAGACAAUAUAUCAACUCUCAAAUAAAUAGUAUUUUAAUAAAUGUUUAUUAUAAUGGAAAUUAUAUUUCUAUGGCUGGUCAAAAGGAAACAUCAUCUGGUGAAGCAGAAAAUAACAGAGCUGAUUCCUUAGGACUGAAAUAUUUCUGUAUUUAGAGGCCUGGGUCACAGUCGUGUCUGGUGAAAGCCGUUGGAUAUGCAUGAUCUUCAUGGCUAAUUUAGUGUUUUUGUUGCACUUAAACAUUAAAUUAGUUCUGUGAGCAAAAAUAGAUUUGCUCACUUUGCGAGUGCCUUUCCCACUACCUAAAAGUCUAACUCCAGUUUUUGCCUUGUGAAUAAAAGUAUUCUCAGUGGAAGAGAGAUUAUUGCUGUGUUACUUGACUGGGCUGUUAGCCUCCAUACUGGAAAUGAGGACUAGGGUGAGGAUUUUGUAGUCUUCUUAAUCAAUAAAGCUUCGGAUGUCACCAGUGGCAAAAAUAGAAUUUCAUAGCAAUAUGAAUUCAUUUUAUUUUCUCAGCAUCAUAAGGGAGAUUCAGAGAGAAUAUAAACUUUCCAAGCAUUAUAUUUUGUACAUUUGAUCUUUUUAACAGAGUUAGGACUAUCUGGGAGAGGUCUCUACUCAGAUUUCUCUUCUGAUUGUAAAAAAUGUCCAAUCAUAUGCUUCUUUAAAUGGGCCUGCUGUCAUCUCUAGCAUUUAUUCUAUCCUGUAACAUAACUGAGACUUUAAGUUGGAAAAACAUUUCAGUGAUAAAAAAAACUGAACAAAGCUAUGUUUUGGGUACAAGUGAGGAAGAUUUCAUCAGCUGUUUGUCUAAAUCAUGUCACAAAGAUGCAUUACAGACAGUUAAUUUUCAUGCAACAUACCAGAGAACAAAGUCACUAAUUAUCAGCACUGCUCUCAUCAUGGCAUUCUGCUGUGAACGUAAAGCUCUCUUUCUCUGUGUAAGCCAGCAUUGCUUUGGCAGUGGCACUUGUUUAGGUCUGUCAGUAGGCUUUGGUAUUAUUCAUCUCUUGCAAUUUUUUGUGCCAGAUACAAGUAAAAAAGAAACAAACCUCAUCUCUUCUUCUGAGCAUCUUGUGUGCAUGGUGGUUACAGAGAGAAUGGGAGGGCUUGCAGGUAGAAAAGAAGGAAAAAAGUUACUGAGCCAAACCUCUGUGCUCUCCUACAUCCCAAAAGGCUUGUUAUGUUCUAUACAAAGUUAGUUACCCAACUGUUUUAGGUAAUAUAUUUUAUAUAUCAAGAUAUAACAAAUAUUUAUUUUAAAGAAGUUUAUGAACUAAACAGUUAUCAGGUUUCUCAGCAUGAGAUGGUUCUUAGCAAAGUCUUGCCAGUCAUGCAGCUGCUAUUCUACAGGAGCAAACACUGUGUGGAUUUGGUCAUGAGUGUACAGGGAGAUCUUGCUGGUAACAUUUUUUACUUUACGGGAAUUAUGUAUGAGAAUUGAGAUUAGACCUAAUCUAUCUCAUAACCUUGUUUCCUGCCUGCCUGUUUUAUAUGAAAAUUAGUCUCUGGCAUUUAAAUCUUAUCUAUACCAGAGGAAUAGGUUGCAGUGUGCUAUUCUAUGGCUGUGAUUCUGUCCCUUAUUAAACGCGUCUCUGCAGGACUUCUUGACUUGAAGUAAGAUUUAUCCUGCCUCUAUUUUAAAGUUGCCUUGGAUCAUAAUGGAUGACUGUUAAGAGCUCCUUCAUAGUCUGUCCUACUCAGACUGCCAGAUCAAAGUCCGUAUUUUUCUGUCUCUGAGUUUUCCCCUCAAAAUCCUACACUUAAUGAGCUCUUCCACAGGCCUUCACCCAAAGAAGGAGGUAUGUGGAUCAAGAAGGUUUGUUUCUGAGAUCCCCGUCACUGGUCCUCUUUUCUCCCUCCCCCUACCCUCUUCAUUAAUGCUGUGCCUGUGCACUGAUAAUUUGUCCAUUGGUGCUUUUGCCCUGAAGAAUCCCCAAGGCCACACCAGAGGUGAAAGACGAGCAAGAAUUGGGCAGGUGAAUUGCAGCAGGGCUGCCCUGGGAGCUGCAAGGCUGAUGGGGUGAGCCUCCAGAUCUUGUGCUUUUCCACUCUCUUCCAAACCUCACUGCUACUGUAAAGGGCUGGGAUGGGAGCUGGAAGCUGAGGAGCUCUUAAAAAACUAAACUACCAGCAUUGUUCCUCCUAUUGCAGCCCGUAUUGGUAGCUAGUAUUUUCCCUGGCAAAACCGCUCAGUGGUUUGCCAGGUAAAAUGGGAUCAGCCGGCUGGGAACGAUCACAAAUAUUGAGGAGAGGAGUGAGUAGAGCCUCAGUUGCAGUUUUCUUCCUGAGGACAGUUUGGAGCAUAUUUUGUAGGUGCUGAAGAGAAGAGCUGGCUAUAAGCAUGAUCAAAGUUGGCAGCUUUGUGGGUUUUUUUUGGUCUUCUUGUCUGUGAUGGUGCUUUGCUACUGUGCCUCAUUUGCUGUUUACAUUAAAUGCUACUGUAGUAACUCGCUCGUUGUUGCCACCUGUGCUUGAAGCGUGUGUAUGUGGGAACAGGCAGUGGGAGCUCAAGGCUGGCUGCUCCACAUAAAAGGCAGAGGAUGACAGAACCCUGAAGGAUAGGUCAGGGAAGAAGCUGGAAUGUGGAGGGAGUAGUGACAAAUGUUAAUUUGGAAGCAUCAGAGAGAACUGUGGGCAGGAGGGCUCUGCCUGAAGCUGAAGAAAACCUCUUCUGUGGUUAUACAACAUCAGGGAAGGGGAGGCGAAAGUUCUUUUAUAAUUAAAUCACUCAUAGUGGAUAAUUUUGUCCUGUAGCUUGUUUUUUUUGGUUAGCGGCAAACAUACAUCUUUGGGAUCUUUAGUCAUCAAUAUUGUUAGUAAUAAAAGAAAUUAACUAGAAAACUAAUUCAAUAAAAAUAAAAUGGCGUUUCACUUAAAAAAAUAAAUGUGCCCUUGAAAGCUGUAAGUGUACUUAAAAAAAAAAGAGAAAGAGGAAAAUCCAGCUCCUACGACCAAGCAAAAUUAAACACGUUUAGAACUGAAAGUUGCCAUAGUGCAGGAACUGAGGAAUAUAGUUGAAAAUUAGGUCAGAGAGAGCAAAUUAGCCAAAUAUGUCAAAUCAUUUAGACUUGAAAUCCUAAUUUAUUUUUUUUUAUUCUCAAGGAGGCAGUCGUCAUAUAUGACUUUCUGAUUUUGCUAGGGAAAGCAAGAGAUGGUGUAAAACUAAAAUAAGGAAAGGAUUUCAGAAAAUUAAGCCUAUUUUAUCACUUGUUGACAGCUGAAGGAAAGCACACAGUCAGAGCAACUUCUGACUUUGCUCUAUAUCGGUGUUUCAGUGUUAGCAAGAUUCACUGCAGCAUAACUGAACUUCAUGCAAGUCCAGGUUAAUGCUGACCUACCAUCAGAAAGCAGGCACACUGCAGAUGGGUUAUCUCAGUCUAGAAACUAGACUGAAAUAAAGGACUUCAAUACCAAGAGCAGGACUUUGAGAGCAUUCAGGAGUGGCGUAGUUUAAAACCAUGACCCACUUCUUUCAGCUGCUGCCUAAACCACUCCAGCCCCACUGUUUGCCAAGACACACAGUGCCCUUCAACAAGCCCUGAGCACCUGUCUGUGCAGCACCUCACCUGCUCUCUGGGUUGCACCAACAGUGCUCGAGUCUCCACAUGCACAUGGGGGUGACUCCAAAGCCGGGCACUGGAGUCCCGUGUUGGACUUGCUGUGCCUGGUGUAGUGGUGUGACAAGCAAAGGAUCUCGGCUUCAAAUGCAGUGCUUUAAAUGGGCAAGGUGACAUGUUCCCUAUCUCAUUGUCAGCGACAUGUGACAAGCCUUAAUCCUUUAAGAUUUUUCUAUUUUAAAUUCUGUUAGCGUAAGCUAUAGACAGAUGUUGUCUUGUCAGUGUUUUGGACACAGUGGAGCAUCCUGUAGACUCUACAGAAAGGGAAGUAAGACUGCAAGUCACAAAAUAAAUUGCCACAUCAGUGAUGUAAAUAUCCCUAGUCGUAUUGCAUAUGUAUGGUUUUUUUGUUCUCACUGGUUUUUUAUGCUUCCUUGCAAUCUGCUCUGUUGUCCUAAAUUUUUAGCACCAUUUGAUUUUUGCUCAUGUGGAUAGAUCCAUGUGCUUGCCAAAGCCUGCUGUCAUUCUUUAUACCAAUCACUGUGGUGUGGUUAGACCAAGCCCAUUUCUUUCACCAUCCUCAGCUUCGCUCUUUAAUUAACUUUGACUUCAGAUUUCAACUCUGCAUAUCUCAUUUUAGGGGGGAAAAAAAAGUAGUUUUAGGUGUAUAAUAUGCAUAAAAGCCACAAUAGGUUUCCUUGCCAAAAUAAUUUGUAACUAAGAAGUGCUAUGUGGGUUUUGUCCAGUCUACUUGACGCUAGAUGGGGUAAAUGCUUGCCAUCCCUUUCUCAGUUUACUAACAGCAAACCAGUCAUAACCUUGAUACCUUCACCUGUUUUGUUUUGGGUUUGGGUUUUUUUGUUUGUUUUUGUUUGUUUGUUUGUUUGUUCAGGUUUUUUUAUUGACUGUGAAACGAGCAAUCCAACCCAUUCAGUACUUCUUUGGAAAGAAGGAGGAAAAAAAGGAUAUCAUGGAACAUGUGUUCUCUUCCCCAUCCUCAGUUUAAAACAACAACAAAAAGUGUAAGCACAGUCACAAUAGGCAAUUCUUAUAAUUUCCAUGAUACUUAUAAUUUCUGCUUCUUUUUUGAAUUAUGGAACAUAAGGUGGAGGAAACAGUAACCGGAAACCAGAAAUUGUUUGAGAUGGAGAAAAGGCAAAUGAAAGGAAAGCAGAGGAAGGAGCACUCAUAAAUAGGGAAAGGCAAGACCAAAGAAUUGAUAUGGCUGGUGUUGGGUGGCAAACAUCUUGUUUCAAAUGGAAAAUAUUCAGUGGCUGCUUGGAAGUGCAAGGCCUGGAGAGCAGCAGACAGCUCAAGGAAAGGCUGCAGGCAACUUCGGUUGCUCUGUUUUUGGGAUGAUGCAGCCACUCGCAUUCAUUGCUCUCUCCACUCCCAUUCCUGUGGGACACCUGUUUAGUGCUGAGGUUCAGCAGCUAAUGCAGAUCACCCACAGUGGCAGUGGAUGCAUGUUGGAACAAAGUAAGUACUUAUAAAGAUAAAAGUGCUCUGUACUGAGAGCUCAGGCAAAAGAGUUUAAGGAUGUAUUUUAAAAUGCUACUCAUCUUUCCACCUAAACCAAACACUGAUUGUUUUAAUAGGCCUCUUCUGAAAUAUGUUCUUUAAACAAAAAAUAUUAAACCGAAGAAAUAUUAUACAGAAAACUCUUCAUAACCAAGCUGUAUCGAUUACUGCCUCUCUUAUUUCUUUCCCACUGAAACUUUAUUCACCAGUUCUUGGUUCUGUUCCCAGGCAUUCACAACACUUAAGAGGACAGACAUCAAAGCCAUGGGCUCUAUUACAUUUAACUCAAGAUGUGACAGAGAGAGGUAACUGCAGAGGGCAAUUCAGAUCAUAUAUGAGCUGAAUUUUCCUUUGGUGAUUCCUUGCCAUGGGCCUCCAUAUACGAAGUCAGGUGAAUGUAAUGUAGGCCUACAAAUAUAUCUGAGCAGAAAUAAGUCAGUAGAGUUAUUCUGGACCUUUACCAGUAGCAACUCUUCCUAAGAAGCACAAAAUCUGUGCAUGAAUAGCUGGAUUGAUUUUGGGAUGUGAGAGGCAGGAUAUUCUAUACUUGGUGUUUUUGGAUUUCUCUUCCAUAAGCCAAAAUACGAGUUUCCUGAGUUUCUGUUGCUGUUCAUGAGAUAACUCCAAGACCCUACAAAGUGAUUUUGCCCUUAGCAACACAUAUCUAUCUUGCUCAGUUUGGGCACAAUGUCAUGUGAGAGCUUAUUGAAAAACAACAAACAAAAAACCCACAAAAACAAAAACAAACAAAACAAACAAAAAAAAACCAAACACAAAAAACCCCACAAAAAAACCUCAAACAAAACAAAACCAACAAACUUCAAAUGUCUUUUGUGUUUAAAGAUAUCCCCCCAAUUAUUGUCAUGGUUGUUCCAGUGAUGUAAAGAUGUGUGUGAUUCACAUCAUUCUGCAUUUGUAAAAAUAAUGGGGGAAAAGACGAGGGCUUAAGGAAAAAGAUGUAGAUUAUUGAAACAGGCAUUGCAUUGGCAGGUUCUGAAGAAGGGCUGUAGGAGGGGGGUAUUUUAGUUUCAGUCUUCUGCAGGAUUAUAAGCCUUUAAAGAAAACAAAAAAAAAACCUUUUCAUGUAAUAUUCUCCAAUUAUUCAUCCAUUAGCUUUGGCUAUUACUACUCUUCUUUCUUCCCACAGAAGCCCUUAUCCCAACCCCCCCUGAGCUGCCAAAUAGAUAUUUUUCCCAGUGGAGUGGCUGAGAGAGGUCGGCUUUUACCACAGCUUUGCUUUUUCUCGGGUGCUUUGCAAUACAAAGCCAAUACCAAGCAUUAUGUUGCUGAAAAUUAAUUUUCUAUUAACUUAGUUGCAAAUUCUUGCGACUGGGGAGGAGGGGGGGAUCUUUCCAUGCAGUGGAGCUGGAAGUGGUACUGCUGUAAAUGCCACCAUUUUUUCAACCACCAGUUGCACCCAGGACAUGCUCUACAGUGUAUUCUUUGGGAAUCCAGUAAAUACCCUUUCUAAGGAAACACCAAGCAUGAACACAGGCACAAAUUGCAUGAAAUAAAAAUGGUUUCUUGUACUUUUGUGAAAUGUUGGUGCUGUUGGGUAGUACUUUACACAUUUCUGGUCUGUUUUUCCUUUACUUGCUACUGCGUACCAUGGUGUUGUGGUUUCGGGUGCGAAAUAGCUCGUUUGUUUGUUUGUUUUAAGAUGUAUCCGGUAAUUAUAAGCUUUGUUUCUCCUUUUUAGUUCAGUUAUGGGUAUAUGGCAUAGUAUAUUAAGCAAUGGAAAAGCUGCAUUACUGAUUUGUGAAGAAAGUAAAGGCAUUUUUAAUGUAAAA